AUGGAGCGCCUCAGGGAUUCUGCAGCUCGCCCUUUAAAGUCCGCAUCCACGCUUGUCUCGCCCGGUUCCUUUCUUUUCCAUUCCAAUCCCCGGCCCGAGCAACGUCCUCCACCGCCCCCUCGGAAGAUGGACAAGCAACAGCCCAGUUCCUUCCAGCAGCUGGAAAAGCUCGGCGAAGGCACUUAUGCCACUGUCUUCAAAGGGCGCAAUCGCCAAACGGGCGAGAUGGUGGCGCUGAAGGAAAUCCACCUCGACUCCGAAGAAGGAACGCCGUCGACCGCCAUUCGUGAGAUCUCACUGAUGAAGGAGUUGAAGCACGACAGCAUCGUCUCGCUUUACGAUGUCAUCCACACCGAGAACAAGCUCAUGCUCGUUUUCGAGUUCAUGGACAAGGAUCUGAAGAGAUACAUGGAUACUCGCGGAGACCGCGGCCAGUUGGACCCCGUCACCAUCAAGUCCUUCAUGCACCAGCUGCUGAAGGGAAUCGCUUUCUGCCAUGAGAACCGAGUCCUCCACCGCGACCUGAAGCCUCAGAACCUGCUGAUUAACAAGAAGGGUCAGUUGAAGCUGGGCGAUUUCGGUCUGGCUCGAGCCUUCGGUAUCCCGGUCAACACAUUCUCCAAUGAGGUCGUUACCCUGUGGUACCGCGCACCCGAUGUCCUGCUGGGCAGUCGCACCUACAACACCAGCAUUGACAUCUGGUCGGCCGGCUGCAUCAUGGCGGAGAUGUACACGGGACGUCCGCUCUUCCCGGGUACCACGAACGAAGACCAGCUAUUGAAGAUUUUCCGAUUGAUGGGCACGCCGUCCGAACGCUCCUGGCCCGGUAUCGCCCAGCUGCCGGAGUAUAAGCCCACAUUCCACGUUUAUGCGACGCAAGAUCUCGGCUUGAUUCUCCCGCAGAUUGACCCUCUCGGCCUGGAUCUCCUCAACCGGAUGCUUCAGCUUCGCCCGGAGAUGCGCAUCAGCGCUGCCGAUGCCCUGCAGCAUCCCUGGUUCAAUGACCUGCCCCAGCUUCAGGCUCAAUUACAGCACCAGCAGCAACAGCAGCAGAUGGCUGGUGCGUAUGGAGGAAUGGUUCCCCCUCAGUCUGCAUACUAA